AUGGACGAGGAUAUCAGAACUUCUAAUGGUCAAAGGGUGCCCAGCUGGGACGGUCACAUCCUCCUCGUCUUCUCCUGCAUCGCCCUCUACAACGUCAUCGAGCUCACAUACAUCAUCUGGAUCACAUUUAAACGGCACUCUGGCGCAUACUUUUGGACCUUUUUUGUUGCGACACUUGGAAUACUUGUCCACGCGAUUGGCUUCAUACUCAAAGCCUUUGGACCUGAAAACGGCGUCUACAUCUACGUAAGCCUGAUCUCAGUCGGUUGGGUGGCCAUGGUUUCGGGCCUGGUGCUCUGGUCUCGACUCUACUUGAUUGUUCAUGCCAAACUCAGGUUGAAGGCCAUUCUAUGGAUGAUUAGUGUCAAUGGCAUCAUUUUCCAUAUACCAAUCAUUGUCAUGCUCUACGGUGCCAACGGUCCCAAUUCCCAGCAGUGGGAUCGUGUAUUUGGAAUAUAUGAAAAAGUUCAAGUCACAGGAUUCUUUCUUCAGGAAGUUAUCAUCUCGUUAUUCUACAUAUACGAAACGAUGGAGCUUAGCAAGCUGCGUGUCGUUAUGGAGAAUGAGAGCAGGUCUCGAUUUCUAAAGCAGCACAUGAUCGUCGUACAUAUUACCUCGUACAAGGCAUUCGUCUACAGCGUCAAAUUAAAGUUGGAGUUCAACAUUCUGAAUAAACUUGUUGAGAUGGCUACUGGCAACAGCAGAAUCAGCUCAGGAAAGCUCAAGUACGGACCCAAGAGCGUCGUCACAGGUGGUGCGGCGGACUGUUUACGACACGACCGAAAUAGCAGUUAUGGCCACCAUGCCCAUGCCUACCGAGGUGAUGAUGGGAAUCAACCUACAAACGACUUGGAAGGGGUUCUGAAGCUCACGCCGGAGAUCAGGACUACAGAGGGAAGAAAGUCAGUUUCCAACAGUGUUACAGAGGUGACGAGUGCAUCACAGGGGGAGAGGUCAGCGUCGAGGACAGGCUUUGAGUGUUCUUCCAAGUCGUCAUCAGAGCUUCAUCUUGCCAGCGGCGGAUUCUGA